GCGCACAAUCCGUCCUGGCUGCGCGCCGCGGGCCAAUCAGAGCCCGUUGUUGGGCCGACUUUGCAUUCGCAUUGCAUUCGCAUUGCACCCGCGUUGCUGUUCGUUGGCUGUGGCCUGUGCUGUUGGUCUUGAUCGCCUUGACCGCAGACCGGAAUAUGGCCUACAGCCCCGACCAGCUGGUGCAGCUCACGACCAGAGAGCUCGCCGCGUACCCUCUAUCGCUGCAUCCCGAGUGGAUCCCGCAGUGCGUCCAGUUCAUUCUCGAAAGCUAUCCCGAGUUUGAUACCGAGACCUUCGUUGCAAGUGUCUUGCAGCAGCUGUUGAUCUCGGACCUCGCGCAAGUCGGCUUGCCCGUCUUGCCUGAGGACACCGAUGUCGAGGGCCUCGUGCUGCAGCCGUGUCUGUUGCAGAUCGUUAGCAUCCGCGACAUUGGCGAGUCCGUCUUCUCCCAGCACAACAAGAUCACCGAACAGCAGGCGAAGCAGGCGGCCCAGGCCGACGGCACUCCCAUCGACCCCGAGAAGAUCCUCAGAUCUCUGCCGAAGAAGAUGCUGCAACUGACCCUCACCGAUGGAACUCGAAACAUCAGUGCGAUUGAAUACAGGCCGGUCCAUGGCCUGGAGCUCUUCACCCCUCCCGGAGCCAAGGUGCUCGUCCAAGGGGCAACAGUCAAGAGGAGCGUCUUGCUGCUGACAGCAGACAACACACAGCUGCUCGGUGGGCCGCCCGAAUCGCUCGCCGAUGCGCUGGUUCGGCUGGAGCUCCAGCUCCGGCAAGAAGUCGAGUGCAUCAGAGCUUCGGACGUCGAUGCCGAUUCUAAGCCAGCGGGCCGCAAAUCCGCUGGGCCGGCCGAUUCGAUAUCGGCUAUGCCGAAGGCAGGCACUCUCAAAACCCCAAAGAAGCAGCCAAAGCCGUCUGCGGUUUCGGUUUCUGAGCCCCAGCCCCAGACCCGGUCUCAGCCCUGGCCUCAGUCUCAACCGCAGCUGCAAUCCCAGCCGGUGAUGCAAAGUUUCAUGCCCACCGUGUUGGACGACUGUGAUUACGACGACGACGACGACUUUGCCGAUGUCGACUUCUCGCUGAUCGACAGCAUAAUCGAAGCAGCGACCCAGUCCGACUGUACGCCGCCGACACAAGCCAAGCCAUCCUCAGCCCCGAGAACAGCGCCGGGUGCAGCAAUCAGUCUUUCAUCACCACUCAGUUCCCACGAAUCGCGAUACGGCCCAUACGACGCCGCAACGGGCUCUCCGGCCGAUGCGAUUCCGUCAAAACGGAGGGCAGGCGAGAUCGACGAUGUGGUGUGUCUUGACCUUGGCUCGCCCAGCAAAAAAUCUGCAACAGCAGUUUCAAGCCCUGCGCGCUCGGUGGCCACAAUCGAGCUCGAGACCUGGCCACCAUCAACCAAAGCAGCACCGGCGCAUCGCUCAGUAUACCAAACACCUGUCAAGACCGAGGCGUCGCUGCCGAAAGAGCCUUUCCACUCACCAGUCCAACUGGGCGGAAUUGUAUCGAGCAACCAGCAGUCAGCGCAGCGAUUCCCGUUUCAGUAUCUGGCCAAUCUGAAUAGCGUGAUCGAGUCCAGACUCGUCAAGCUUAUCACUGUCAAGUGCCAUUUUGUCUCAUCGCAGAAGCUCAAGGUCAACACCCGCACAGGCUUCAGCCUCAUUGUGACAAUCGAUGACGGCACAUCGAUGAUGCGCGGCUUCUUGGGGGACACAGCACUGAUGUACCAGUUCGGGUUCUCUGUGGGUGAACUGCUGGCCCAGAACCGAGUGAACCGAGUCAGGGCGGAACAGACGAUGAGGGAUUUUGAAUCCAAGCUCGCGCAGAUGGACUGCCUCAUGGACAUUGAUCUGACGCGGUGUCUCGAGUACGAAGAAUCGAGCUCGUCAGCGGCGGACGAGCUCUGCGGCCUGCCUGAGAUCAUCAGCAUCCGCGAAUUUGAGGUCGAUGAUGCCAAAUCCCUCCAGCAGGAGCUCAUCGAGUAUUUGGGACCAUAGACAGUCGCACCCGGACAGGCCAACCACAGCCGAGCUCGCUGUGGGAUCUGCAUAUAUCAACAGCGGUGCGUAUCGACCAUGCCAACCGAUUAGACCGCAAACCCUUCGCUUCGGCUGCACUGGAUACUGGAUGCUGGCCCUGAGCCUCGAUGCUCUGUCCAAGUUUGGCACAGCAAGCGGCCAUACACACGCCGAGUCUGAGUUCGUCCGGUGGAUGCAAGGCAUUUGCAAAAGCUUGGGUUCGGUGCUCGCUGCUUGGUCAGCCACCGGCGCAAGGAUGGCAUAUGACUCCUGCAGUGAAGCGAACGCCUGCCCAGGCGGUGGAAUCUCUUUAAGGCCCAGAGGCGAUUUGCAGAAGACGAUUCUCUUUAUAUUCUUGAGCGAUUUGGCUCUGGACAAACAGAGAGUCACCCGGCACUUGAAUACAAAAAGACACAAAAGUGA